CUUCCUUGCCUCAAUUCCCGAAUAAUAAUUUUAUUUAUAAAAUUUCAGCAAAACGCGCAAAAUGCUGGCUGCUUCGUUGUGUGAUGAUCAGGAGAUGAGCCCAUCCAGAUAAGCAGUCAAUUUCUUUCCCAAACCAUUUUUGGAAACACUCUAAAACGGCUUGAGCGGAGGUGGUGGUGGGGCCCCGUAUGAGCCUGGCGCGGGUGUUGCCAUCUCUCUUGCGACAGUAGUAUAUAUAGAAGAGAGAGAGAGAGAGGAGUUGUUCGUCGGAAUUUUCUUCUGAAAAUGGCAUCGAGGGGUUCGGCUUCAUCUAUCAAUGGAUUGUUGCCCGGAGCUGCUCCGCCGGACCUGGAGGCGGCGACUAGGGAAAGCCAGUCGGAGUUCGAUGAAGACGAUGCUGCCUCAUCCGCUGAUCCAUUCGACAUUGCAAACACCAAGAAUGCUCCUCCCGAGACGCUCAGGCGUUGGAGGCAAGCUGCACUGGUAUUAAAUGCUUCUCGUCGCUUUCGCUAUACUUUGGAUUUGAAAAAGGAAGAAGAUAAAGAGAAUAGAAGAAGGAUGAUUAGAUCCCACGCACAAGUUAUAAGAGCAGCAUUGCUUUUCAGAAUGGCAGGCGAGCGACAAAUUGUAUUAGGCCCGACUGUUGCUCCCCCGACUCCAAUCGGUGACUAUGCAAUUGGACUAGAACAACUUGCUACAAUGACUAGGGAUCACAACGUUUCUGCUUUACAACAAUAUGGAGGGGUCAAAGGCAUAUCACCUAUGUUGAAAACAAAUCUUGAAAAAGGAAUUGAUGGAGAUGAGAAUGAUUUGUUAAAACGAAGGAAUGCAUUUGGAUCAAAUACAUAUCCUCGUAAAAAAGGGCGAAGUUUCUUGAGGUUCCUUUGGGAAGCUUGGCAAGAUUUAACCCUCAUAAUUUUAAUCAUAGCUGCAGUCGUGUCAUUGGUACUUGGAAUAAAAACUGAGGGUCUUGAGCAAGGAUGGUAUGAUGGGGGAAGCAUUACCUUUGCUGUUCUUCUUGUUAUAUUUGUGACAGCUAUAAGCGAUUAUCGACAAUCUCUUCAAUUUCAGAAUUUAAAUGAGGAGAAGCAAAACAUACAGUUAGAGGUUAUGAGAGGCGGAAGAAUUGUGAAAAUAUCAAUAUUUGAUAUUGUUGUUGGUGAUGUUAUACCUCUCAAAAUUGGUGAUCAGGUUCCUGCUGAUGGAAUCUUAAUUACUGGUCAUUCUCUGGCCAUUGAUGAAUCAAGCAUGACUGGUGAAAGCAAGAUUGUUCACAAGGAUCAAAAAGCACCCUUUCUAAUGUCUGGCUGCAAAGUAGCUGAUGGUGUUGGUACUAUGCUGGUAACUGGUGUUGGAAUUAAUACUGAAUGGGGAUUACUAAUGGCAAGUAUAUCAGAAGAUACUGGUGAAGAAACACCUCUCCAGGUACGCUUGAAUGGAGUUGCAACUUUUAUAGGUAUAGUUGGGCUCUCAGUGGCUGUACUUGUGCUUGCUGUUCUCUUGGCAAGAUACUUUACUGGAACUACAAAAAAUCCAGAUGGAAGCCAACAGUUCAUCAAGGGCACAACUAGUAUUAGUAAUGCUGUAGAUGGAGUCAUCAAAAUCUUCACUAUCGCAGUCACAAUUGUGGUUGUUGCAGUACCAGAAGGACUCCCUUUGGCAGUUACUUUGACCCUAGCCUACUCAAUGAGGAAAAUGAUGGCAGAUAAAGCAUUGGUGCGAAGGCUGUCUGCUUGUGAGACAAUGGGCUCUGCAACAACAAUUUGUAGUGAUAAGACUGGAACACUAACUUUAAAUCAGAUGACUGUGGUUGAGGCAUAUGUUGGCAAAAAGAAGAUGACUCCACCGUAUGACCCUGCACAGUUGCCAUCGGUUACUUCUGCACUACUGAUUGAGGGUAUAGCACAGAAUACAACGGGAAAUGUUUUUGUGCCAAAGGGCGGUGGAGAUGCAGAGAUCACUGGAUCUCCUACAGAAAAGGCUAUCCUUUCUUGGGCAUUGAAGUUGGGGAUGAAGUUUGACAUCAUCAGAUCAGAGAGUACAAUUCUCCACGUAUUCCCUUUCAACUCUGAGAAAAAGCGAGGGGGUGUUGCUUUGAAACAGGCGGACUCAAAAGUGCAUAUACAUUGGAAGGGAGCAGCGGAGAUAGUCUUGGCCUCGUGUACAGGGUAUCUUGAUUCAGAAGGUUGUGUGCAGUCCAUUGAUGAAGAAAAGGAGUUUUUCAAGACAGCUAUUGAUAACAUGGCUGCAAAUAGUCUGCGAUGUGUUGCCAUUGCAUAUAGGUCCCACGAGUUGGACAAAGUUCCUUCAGAGGAAGAACAAUUGAGUCAUUGGGCUUUACCUGAAGAAGAACUUACCUUGCUUGCUAUUGUCGGUAUAAAAGAUCCUUGUCGUGAUGGUGUCCGUGAUGCAGUGAAAACAUGCACGGCUGCCGGUGUUAAGGUACGCAUGGUUACAGGAGACAAUCUUCAAACAGCCAAGGCAAUUGCUUUGGAGUGUGGGAUACUUGAUUCAAUAGAAGAUGCUAUUCAUCCUACACUCAUUGAAGGAAAGGAUUUCCGUGCAUUAUCUGAAAGGGAAAGGGAACAAAUUGCCAAGAAAAUAACGGUAAUGGGAAGGUCUUCCCCAAAUGAUAAGCUUUUGCUUGUCCAAGCAUUACGGAAGGGAGGAGAAGUUGUUGCUGUAACUGGAGAUGGCACUAAUGAUGCUCCUGCACUUCAUGAGGCAGAUAUUGGACUUUCUAUGGGCAUUCAAGGAACUGAAGUUGCAAAAGAAAGCUCAGAUAUCAUUAUUUUGGACGACGACUUUGCCUCAGUUGUCAAGGUUGUUCGUUGGGGACGCUCUGUCUAUGCAAAUAUUCAGAAAUUUAUUCAAUUCCAGCUCACUGUUAAUGUUGCUGCACUUGUAAUAAAUGUUGUGGCUGCUGUGUCCUCUGGUGAUGUCCCUCUAAAUGCAGUGCAGCUUUUAUGGGUUAACCUGAUAAUGGAUACUCUUGGAGCACUUGCUUUGGCUACUGAACCUCCUACAGACCACCUCAUGCAUAGAAUGCCUGUUGGCCGGAGAGAACCUCUUAUAACAAACAUUAUGUGGAGGAACUUACUCAUACAGGCUCUCUAUCAAGUUGGUGUGCUUCUGGUCCUUAAUUUUGCGGGCAAGAGCAUUCUAAAUUUGAAUGGCGACAACAAAGCACAUGCCGUAAAUGUGAAGAAUACUGUUAUAUUCAAUGCAUUUGUACUCUGUCAAAUAUUUAAUGAAUUCAAUGCUCGAAAGCCUGACGAAAUGAACGCAUUCAGUGGGGUGACUAAAAAUCGGCUCUUCAUUGCAAUUAUCGCAGUUACUUUUGUCCUUCAGAUAAUCAUCAUCCAAUUCCUCGGAAAGUUUACAUCGACAGUGCAUCUCGAUUGGGCACAAUGGCUCAUCUGUUUUGGCAUUGCUAUCAUUAGCUGGCCUCUUGCUGUUGUUGGAAAACUCAUUCCAGUUCCCAAGACACCAGUAAGUGAGUUCUUCCGUAGACCGAUUCGUCGAUACAGAACUGCUCGUAAUCCAUAAUUUUUUCCAUCCUAUUUUUCUCUACACUUCCUCUUCGCGGUUCACUUCAUCAAAGAUCAAAGAAGAACUACUGCAAAAAAACUCACUGCAAAAAAGAAAACUUUAUAUAUACUGCUUGAAAGUACUAGCCAAAGAUUUAUUAUUACUAUUUUAAUACUUAAUUACUAUUUUUGCUUUGUCUGCUUAAAGGUUUGGGCAAAAUUAAUAAAUAAUUUUUAGUAAUAUAUACUAUAUAUACAUUGAAAAGAGAGUGUGUAAAAAGGGUUUCCUCUUCAUCUUUUUCCCUUCUGAGGGGAAUCUGUGUGAAUUACGUCCGAAGUUUGGCUUACUUUUCUGUAAUGGAAUUUGUAUAUGGCAAAGAAGAUUUUCUUA